GGGAGAGAGUAUUAUAUAAUUGGGAUUGUUCAAAGGUGUCGUAAAUUCGAGUUUAUCACGUAACGUGGCAAUGAGACUUUCACCGUUCCCGAGGAACAUUGCGAUGCAUUCUGUUUCACCUUCUCCUCUUCUUCUUCCUCCAAAAUCUAAACCAUUUCUAGAAAUCUGAAGAUGAUGGGAAUAAUGAGCAUUCAGACGGCGAUGGAUCUGAUAGUCGCCGGAUUCUCUCUGAUGAUCGGAUUUGGAUUCUUCGCUCUCAUCGCCUCUGUCCUCUGCUCCUUCGCUUUCCUCCACCAUCUCAAAGGCGCUCCUUCCGAUCCCGCCCUCUUAACUUCUCGCCGGAGAUAAUUUCUAAAACCAGAGACGAACUUGGUGGGGAGACAAGAUUUGCUCACAAAGGCUUCUCUAAAACUUUCUACUUGUACGAGAAAUUACCAGCAAGUCAGAGGUUUACAGUACAUGGUCUCUCUGUAACCAAUUCUGUUCAUGUUACCACCAUUAUAUGGAAUUCUGCCACCACCACCGAAUUGGACUCUGCUGCCACCAGCUCCUCUAAUGCAGAGACCGGGAAGACAGAACCCGCCGUCGUAACCAAAGUGAUUCCCAACAGACCAUUUCUGCAAUUUUUAAGAUCAAGAGUGCUUGAGACAAUCUAUUUUCAGUUUCUUGAAGAUAACGAUAUUUUUGAAAUGCUUGGUUCUUGGCCUUUGGAAAAAAAAAAGAAUCAUGUGAAGGCAUUGAAAGCAGCAGGACUCACUGUUAACAGGCAAAGCUAUGAUUCCUCUUCUUGUUCGCUGAAUUUGUCACAAGCUCUUGGAAUUGAGUAUUAUAGUUCCCAAAACACGGUUCGAACCGUAGAAGAGACAGAAGACAUCAAUACCCACCAAACCAAAUUAUUGGAAUCCAAUAUUGGUUACAGGCUUACAGCUAAGCAAAAUCAAAUUGUCUGUGACAUAAAGAAAAGGAAG